UUUACUGUUAAAAACGUUACUCUGAUUCAAGACGGAUCCUCUGUGACGAUUCCCAAAAGUGACGACAUUGUUUGUCCAGGAUCACGUGACAUUGGAAACCCGGAAGUAAUGUUACAACUGAUAAUUGUCUGAUCGCUGGUAUGUUUUUAGCUAAAACAUGUCAGACAUGACAUGUCAUGACAGCGGGAGGUCAGGCAGAACUUCAGCUGGCAUGAUGGGUCCAGGUGCGCUGCUGUCCGUCCCGGUUCUGCUGCUCGGUCUGCUCUGCUGCUGCGGGCUUUUCCCAGAUGUUUCUGCCUGUGAGGAAGAACCGGAGACCCCGGACUGGAGGAUGACUCUGAGAACCAUCCGGAACGGGAUUCACAAGAUCGACACGUACCUGAACGUAGCGCUGGACCUGUUCGGCGGGGAUGACGGACUCUGUCGGUACUCAUGCAGCGAUGGAUUCAAGCCGAUGCCUCGUCCCGGCUACAGGCACCCUCCACCCAACGGAUGCGGCUCCCCGCUUUUUGGAUUUCAUUUCGACCUGGGAAUCCCGUCCAUGACCAAAUGCUGCAACCAGCACGACCGCUGCUACGACUCCUGCGGCCGCCUGAAGCACGACUGCGACGAUCAGUUCCAGGACUGCCUGGAGACCAUCUGCAGGAACGUGCAAAGGACUCUGGGAUUGGCCCAGACGGUCCAGGCAUGCGAGUCUGCAGUCAAGCUCCUCUUUGACGCCGUCAUGCACCUGGGCUGCAAGCCGUACCUGGACAGCCAGCGGGAGGCCUGCGUGUGCCAGUACGAGGUGAAGAAGGAGCUCUGACGGCGCUGCAGACAAACAGACUCUGAAAUUCGGACGCCGGAUAAAUAAACUUUUCUGAAAACAUGUAGAUUUUUCUCAGGGAUGUAGCCUCUUUGGCUAAAAUUAAACACUGCAAUGCAAAGUGAAUGUAACAUAAACAAUUUUUCUUGUAGGUGGUAGCUAAUAUUUGUCCCUUUGCGAUCCACUAUUUAUAUAUGUAUUGUUGUAAAUCCACAGGUUUCUGUGAUGAAAUGGAAACUGGUUUCAUUCAUGUUUUGACUGGACACAACAUUUUAACAAACAGUAAAAAGGGUUUUACAGAGUUCAAAGGUCAGCAAUAAAGCACACAACAAUGUUCUGCAAUAUCUUAUAACAAA